AUGGAGCAACUUGUCAAGCCUUUCUACUCACUUUGCUCGAACAACCCCUAUGCCAUGGCAAACACUCAGAGUUCAUUUACCGGCCAUAGUAUCACCCAUAACGAAAAUGAAGGGAGUUUUGACUUUGCUUUUGUCGAUGCUGACAAGGUUAAUUACCUUAACUAUCACGAGCGAUUGAUGAAACUGGUGAAAGUUGGUGGAAUAGUUGUCUAUGAUAACACACUCUGGGGAGGGUCGGUUGCAAUGCCUGAGGAAUCGGUUCCGGAGGGCAUGAAGCACGGUAGGCAUUUCACAAUUGAACUGAACAAAUCACUAGCAUCUGAUCCCCGCAUUUUAAUGUCUCAUGCUCCGUUAGGCGAUGGAAUCACUAUCUGUAAGCGCAUCCAAUGA